CACUGAGGUCACGUGACUUCCCCACCUUAUUUCUUCCGCCAUUGCAUUGUUUUGGUUCGUUUAUUGUUUAUUUUUCCUCCAAUUUAAUAUGUCCUAUAGUUACUCGUACCAUUUGCAAGUCUAAAAAUGCCAUCACAUCGGCGUGACAAUAAAGAGUCAUCCACAGUACGAGAAAGCAGCAGCAGCAGUUCUGAUGAUGAUGAUCCCAGGAAAAACCAUCUUCAAUCAAGUGCGUUAAAAAUACGACUUUCUUUCAACCCCAGUUACAGGGCUGGGAUGUCUAGAUUAGAGCCUUCACCAGGAAGAGAUUCAUAUCCACCAAUUAACUUUUGCUCCCGUCUCAGUGAAGAUAGCCACCAGACAGCACAGAUGUCAUCUUCAAGACCAUCUGCAGCUCAUACUUUUCCUGUACCAACUCCUAACACCGCCUGGAGCCGACGACACUCAAAUCCCACAGAAACUGCAUCACCGCCUCCACGCGAUCGUUCAUUUCAAUGUCGGGAAUGUGGACGUGCCUUUUACGAUGGCAGUCGGUUGAGAACUCAUCUGCGUAUUCAUUCCGGAGAGCUCCCCUUCGAGUGCGGGUUUUGCUUCAAAUCCUUCAUAAGCAAGUACCGACUCGAUCGCCAUCAGCUUAUUCACUCAGGAACAAGAGCUUUUAGAUGUGAAGUAUGUGGACAGACUUUUGUAACCAAAGACAAAUUAAGUCGUCACCACGUAAUUCACACCGGAGAACGAUUAAGUUGUGACCAAUGCGAUAAGACUUUUUCUCGGAGAGACAAACUCUCUAGACAUCGAUUAACGGUUCACUUUCCUAAGGCUAGCUAAUUAUGAUUUAAUUGUCGUUUGAGUAUUUCAACUCAUCUAAAAGCCUUAUUAAAUUAUAUUUUUUUUCGUGAAUCAGUCAACUGUGGUACACAUUUCGGUGAAUGAAUCAGUGUCAAGUAACGCUCUCUUAUGUGUGAUAUAUUGGCCUGAAUGCUGUCCCAUCAAAAUCAUUCCCAUCUACUGGUUGACGAUGUCAAGAACAUUUAAAAUAAGUUUAACUGGCAUAAGCGUACUUCCCUGUGCAGCCUUAAAAAUAAGGCUCUGUAUUUAAUUGGAUAUAUCAGUGAAAUACAAAGACGAUAUUCUUAAAAAAAUGGUGCAAAACUAUGCGCUGUUUAAGUA